AUGGCCCAAAGACCAAUCUUGAGCAAGGAGCGCCAGGAGCAGCUUAAACAGAAACUUCAAGUUUCCAGCUUCCAUCCCGAUGCGAUUCUGAGGGGGGCGCAGCUCACCAUAGUUGGUGCUCUGAGGGCCCUCCAAAACCCGAAACUCUUCACUUCGGAGCAUUACAAGCAAGCUGCUAUAGCUGUUGCGGCCGGCAUUGCCAUCCGACUUCUCAUCACGAUCCCGAUCAUUGGCAUAAAAGUGCUGCUCUGGUGUCUGUCCUUCAUUCUGGACUUUGAACAUGCCACUUGGGACAACGAUAUCGUCAAAGGCCUGGAUUUCAUCCAGAACUAUGUUCUCCAAAUUCCAUUCUUUCUUAUGACUAUGAUGAGAUAUGUCACUCCCACGCUUGACAAUAUGUUCAUGGAUUCUUUAGCUUGGGUGGAUAAGACAUACUACGCAAAGCACACGGGAGAAGCCCCGUCCACGUUGCGAGAAGCCUACUAUCCCAAUCUCCGCAUGUAUGCCACUAGAGACGGCAGCACGCAUACUGUGAGUAAAGCCGAGGCAAUCACCAUGUUCCUGAUGAAAUUUGGCAAGAAGGCAGGAGUUUCGCUCACGAUCUUUGCUUUGUCUUAUAUUCCAUACAUAGGCCGUUUAGUAUUGCCAGCGGCUAGUUUUUACACUUUCAAUAAAGUCGUAGGACUUGGACCUGCAGCAGUAGUUUUCGGAACAGGGCUGUUCUUACCUCGCAGGUAUCUUGUCAUAUUCUUGCAAAGCUAUUUUGCUUCAAGAAGUCUAAUGAGAGAACUUCUCGAACCAUACUUCUCCCGUAUCAAGUUUACAAAGGAGCAGAAGAAGCACUGGUUUCAUGACCGAGAGGGUCUGCUCUUUGGCUUCGGCGUUGGAUUUUAUCUCUUCCUACGAAUUCCGCUCCUAGGAGUGUUGAUUUACGGGAUUGCGGAAGCCAGUACUGCUUAUUUGAUUACUAAAGUCACCGAUCCUCCACCAUCUCCAGCUAGCAGUGAGGGAUUUGCUGCCAGUCAGCAAGAGUGGAAGAAUAAGCAUGAGUUUCUGAGUCUUAAAUUUUCAGACCUCGACACCCACACUACAACGCACAAUCGCUCACACCAAGAACAAGACAAUGGCACAGUCGAGACUCAAGGAAGCUCGUCGGGUUUACCAUCUGGAGCCCCACCGGCUUAUACGGAGAUGAGAUCUAGAUAG